UUGGUUCAUUUAGAAUAAAUUGGUUAAAGGCUUAUCUGUCCCAUUCCAACUCAAUGUGGUUUCAUAUUCCUAAAUCUAUAUUCAAAAGCCUCGGGGGAUUAGAUUUCCUGCUAAAGUGUGAUUUUGAGUUAACCAAGAUUCCUAUUUUACUGUCUAAUUUUCAUAAACAAGUUCUGCAUUUCUGGAAAAUGGUUUUCACCCACAAUUUUACCCCACAUGGAUCCAUUGUGUGGAAUAACAGAUCAAUACUAAUAAAUAGAAAAUCAAUUUUUAAAACUGACUGGUAUGAAAAAGGUAUUUUAUUUGUAACUGACUUAAUGGGUAGUGAUGGUUUGUUGUUAAAUCAUAGAGAUUUUAUUAUUAAAUUUAAUUUGAACUGUUCUUGUAAUGAAUAUCUUAAAUUAUGCAAAGCUAUUCCUGUGGGUCUGAUCCACCUCAUCCAAAACACCUUAAGAUAUUCAAAGGUCGCUGCAUCCUUACCCAAAUUGAAAGUUGGUGAAUAUAUUGUGACUGAUAGAAAGUGCAAUAAUGCUCUACUUGUGACUGCCUUCAAAUCUAAAUUUUUUAAUGAUUACAACAACUAUUUCUUGGUGACACCCAAUUUGUCUAUUAUCGAGAAGGCUUUCUCUAUGUUUGUUAAAUGGCCACUUUCUCCUAAAGUUAAAGAGACUCACUUCAAAAUCUCGCAUAAUAUUUACCCAGUGGCAAAAUUUUUGCAUAAAAGAUUUAAAUUUGAUUUAACAUGCUGUGCCUUUUGUGAAUGUCCAGAAGAAUCACUUAAUCACCUAUUUUUUUCUUGUCCCUUUUCCUCUAAACUAUGGGGUGAUAUUAAAAGGUGGCUGUCCCUUAAAAUUGAUAACAUUCCUGAGAUUAACAUCAGCCAUGUUUUAUACUAUGUUGAUGGUCUUGAUAGUAAAAUAUCUGAUAUGGUAAAUAUUGUUUUUUGCUUGUUAAAUAUCAUAUACACUGCUGUAAAUGGAGAGGUUCUACCCCUUGUUUUGUUUUCUUUCUCAACCAAUUUAAAUUGUAUUUCACCUCAUUGAAACUUUUGAAGUCUGUUUAUGCA